AUAUGGAGUUUUAAUUGACCUUUUCCUUUGCUUUCCCUUGCGAUUUAAUAAUCAAAUUUGUUAGUCUAUGGUCUAAGCCUAAAUAUAUAUGCGCCCUAGUGCAUAUGUUAGAUUUUAUGCAUGUCCACUUGGCUAGAUUUCUUAGGUAAUCCAUAGGGAUUGCUUACGAGUUUUAAAUAUAAAGUUAAGUUUGAAAAAUUAUUACACAAAAAAUAUGGAAAGAGAUAAUAUAAAUUAUCUUGCGCUACAUGGAAUUAUGAUAAAUGUAUGGUCACAAUGGAGCAGAUUAGCAAUCAAAAUCGAAUUACUAUUUGGGAGAGGAUGAAAUAAAAUUGAUAUACAUAUUAUUUACUAUGUUAUGAAAGAUUAGCCGCAAACGUUGAAAAAUAUAAAAGAUGUGGGGCCCGCUGCACUAUUUGCACAGUGAAUUUCUCUUCUAUAUAAACGAUCGUUUCGAUCGAUUGUAAACACACCAUCCUUCUCUUUCAAUAACACAUCAUCUCUUCUUAUCAGUAUUAUCUUCUUCGUACGGAUAUAAAAUUUUGCUUUAUUUAAAUUCCUGCGAUAUAAUAAAAUUCCAGUUCUUUUCAUAACACGUUAUCAGCACGAUCACUCUGCGAUUCGAAUUACAAAUGGCAAACAUCGAGAAACUCCAGUUCCCGGCCCUGAAAAUAACUGGCGAAAAUUACGUCGGGUGGGUCACAAACGUGAAACCAUAUCUGGUGAUGAAAAAGAUAACCGAAACAAUUGUAAUCGGUAACAAAUCACCACCCGAACAUAUAGCCGAAGCGAUAAUCUUCCUGAAGAAGCAUUUAGAUGAAAGUCUAACGCACGACUAUGCAAACGUCGAGGACCCAGCUGAACUGUGGCAAACUUUAAAAGAAAGAUUCGAUAACCAGAGACAAAUCAACCUUCCUCACGCUCUAGAAGAGUGGAAAAAUCUGAGGUUCCAAGAUUUUCAAAAGGUUGAGGAUUACAAUUCCGCUAUCCUGCGGAUAGUUGCACUCCUGAAGUAUUGUGGUAAUCCUGUCUCUGAGGCAGAAAUGAUGAAUAAAACAUACAUCACUUUCCACAAACAGCUUCACUUCUUACCCGAAAUUUACAGAAAAUGCGGGUACACGAGAUUUUCUGAAUUGAUGGUUGCGCUCAUGUUAGCUGAAAAGAACAAUGAACUCUUAAUCAAAAACCACAAUUCCCGGCCUACGGGAGCCAAAGCAUUCCCUGAAGUGAAUGCUACGGCGAUAGAAAAUUCGGAAAGAAGAAACCAUACCAAUCGAGGUCAUGGCCGCCGUUUCAACAACAAACGUGGAAAAACUUACAAUCCCAAAUGGAGGGGAUCUAAUAAGUGGGUUAGACCCGGGCAAGUUUCCAGGGGUAAAGAAACUCAAGAGGAUACCACCCAGAAGCGUGAGACAGUGUGUUACAGAUGUGGUUGUAAAGGACAUUGGUCCCGUACCUGUCGUACUCCUUCACAUCUCUGUAAGUUAUAUCAAGAGUCCACGAAAGGAAAGGCUAAAGAGGUGAACCUCACGGAAAAUGUUGAAGGGACCUCAUACCUUGAAUCCUCCGACUUCGCUAAUGAGCUGGACUAGAUUACUCCUGAAGAGAAUCGAAAUGCCUAUGAUAAGAGUAUUGAAUAGUUUUCAGUAU